CGCGAGCGCCUCGAGCCCCGCCCCCGCCAGCGGCCGUGUGCCCCGAGGGCGUGGCCUGGGGUUCCCGGCUAGGGGAGGUCACUGCCUGUCCUUGGGCGGAGAGGGGAGGUGACACCCGGCAGAAGAGGACAGAAUGAGGGCCCUGCGGAUCUCCCAGGCACUGGUUCGUGGCUUCAGCAACAGCGCCCGAAACCGCUUCGAGAACAGAGUGGCAGAGAAACAGAAACUCUUCCAGGAGGACAAUGACCUCCCGGUGCACUUGAAAGGCGGGGGCGCCGACAGCCUCCUGUACCGACUGACCAUGCUGCUGUGCACUGGGGGUACCGCCUACUGCUUGUACUGCCUUGGCUGGGCUUCCUUCCCCCACAAGAAAGAAUGAGAGCCAGGAGCCUGCAGGAGCCGAGGACAAAAUGAGCCCGCGUGCAGGCCCCGCCCGGCAUGGAUGAGGCCCUGCAUUCCACCCCCAGCACCCCAAAAAUAAAUAAAUGUGCUGGCCCCUCAGGAA